UUUGAUCUGUUGCGUCUCUGACGACGUGUGAUGUCAAACGAGAGGUGUGGGAAAGUGAUUGGAUUGAAAUGUGAGCGCCGAAAGCUUGCGUUCGGUUGCAGAUUUUGUUGACAGUGGCUUGGUUAUACGGGAGCCUUGUGCUCAUGAAAAUAUGAGUUACACCAGUGAUUUUUCUCAGUCACAGGAAUAUCUGAGCUUCAGGAGCAGUAUACCAUUGCGUAAAAUUGUCGUUGACACGGACGCGUCUAAGGGCUGGAAAGUGUAUGAUUCUGGGCCGAAAGAUGUAAAAACGCCAUUAGUUUGCUUGCCACCUGUCAGUGGGACAGCUGAUGUUUUCUUCAAACAAAUACUUGCCUUAAAUGCCAAGGGGUAUAGGGUAAUAUCGGCAGAGAAUCCUGUUUAUUGGUCUGUUAAAGAAUGGUGUGAAGGUUUCAGAAGAUUGUUGGAUUAUCUGUGCAUCAAUAAGGUGCAUUUAUUUGGUGCAUCACUAGGUGGAUUUCUUGCCCAAAAAUUUGCUGAAUUCACAGUGCAGUGCCCACGUGUUGCUUCUCUCAUACUUUGCAACACAUUUACAGAUACAUCAGUCUUUAGCUAUAGUGAUUCUGCAACAAUUUUCUGGAUGCUUCCUUCUCUUGUACUUAAGAAAAUGGUGAUGGGCAACUUUUCAACAAAUAAAGUGGAUUCCAGAAUAGCUGAUGCUAUAGAUUUCAUGGUGGAAAGAUUGGAAAGCUUGUCACAGCCAGAUCUUGCUUCAAGACUGACAAUGAAUUGCAUACACUCUUACGUCGAACCACAGAAACUGUCAGGUAUUCCAAUAACGAUAAUUGAUGUUUUUGAUGAUUAUGCUCUUUCUAAUCCUGUAAGAGAAGAAAUGUACAAAUGCUAUCCAACUGCCAAAUUAGCACAUCUAAAGUCUGGUGGAAAUUUUCCUUACUUGAGUCGAAGUGAGGAAGUCAACCUCCAUCUUCAGAUACAUUUACGGAGUUUUGAUGGGACCAAUCUCAGUGCAUCAGAGCCUGUACCAUCACAAAAAACUUCAAAAGAGGGGGAAUAAAAAUUUAUCAGUGUACUCUUUCUCUCUCUAAUUUAGAGAAAUUGUAAUUUCUCUAAAUUGAAUGGUAUGGAUUUGAUCACACUAGUACUGCUGCAUAUUGCAGUACAUAACAGCAUUUAUGGCCUAAAAGACUCUGAUGCAAUUUCAAUUACAGUCAAGUCUAGUCGUGUACUGUGCAAGCGUUAAAGAUAGGUGUUUAGGCAGUUAAUAUUGCUGAUCUCUGCCUUUUGUAUUUAUAUUCUUUGUACAUAAGACACUACUGAUAUAUAUACACACACACAUACACAUUAUAUAUUUUUGUAAACAUAUCCUGUUAAGUAUCCAUAUUUUAAAAAUAAAGUUUUGUUGCUUUUGUGAUAA